AUGAAAAUUAUUAAAAUAUUGAAUAGAGAACGCCAAAAUUUCAGUACCUUGGUUUCCCUUAAAAAAAAAUGGCAAAAUCUUAGCUCAUACAUAACAAAGGAUAGUGAUAUGUCCCAUUGGAGGGAGUUAAAUUCCAAAAUGUCUGAGAUAGAAAGCUUAGUACAAAGUCAUGAAAAUUCACAAAUUAAAAAAAUAGAUUGGAAUAAAUGGAGUGAAAAAAUAAGCAACAAGGAAUUACUUUUAUGUAUGAAAAACUUUUACGAUAAUCAAAUGAGCGCCUUGGAAGCGAUGGAAGAAGGAGAGAAAAAAGAAUCACCAGCAAAAAAAAGUGAAGAAGAUAAAUUAUUUGAAGAAGCAUUAAGUAAUUGCAAACAAGCAGAAGAAACAUCAGCUAAACUUUUAAUAGAUGGAGCUAAAACAUUAUGGAUAAGUUUCCAUAACCCUUCUGUAAAUAAUUUAGAUAAUAAUGAAUGGAUAGAAAGUGAUAAAUAUUGGCAAGCCUUUGUUGAAAAGCAUGCUACAUAUAAUUUGAAUAGUAAAAGUUUAGAACCUGAAGAUGAAGAAAACAAAAAUUUAGAAAAAAAUGAAUGGCAUAAAAAAACAACUAAAUUUAAUGAAAGAAGUGAUACUCCUAUUUUAUAUGAUUAUAUGAUUAAUUUACCAUCUUGGGAAUAUUAUGAUAUUAAUAGACGAGUUUUUCUUGAAAAUUUAUUAUACUUUUUAUUGCGAACCGGUUUAAGUUACAAAUUUUUUCCUGAACUGUUCAGGUGGAAAUGGAAAACUCAUAUAGAAGAUUUACGAUUCCAAUUUUUAGAUAUAGCACAAAAACGAAGAAAAAGUUAUCAAUUGUCUACAGCUAAAAGAGAAGUACCAUUAGAAUUACAACCAUCAGAUUACGAACAUAAAGGAGAAGAAUAUCAUUUGAAAUUAUUAAACCAUUUUAAAGAUUAUCAAAAUUUAGUACUAUCAAGAUUAAUGUCUAACUAUAUAUUUUUAUGUGACCCAUUCAUUCCAAUUCAAUCGAAAGAAGGAUUAAAUAAUAUUUUAAAAAUGAAUGAUGGUGGGAAAUUAUAUAAGCUCAAUAAUGAUAAUGUAAAUUGUUUAUUUUAUUUACCCAAAGACUGUGAUGAAAAUGGUACAAAAAUUAUGUACAAGCCAUUGGAUGCGUUGACAAACUUCUAUUCAUAUUUGCAAAAUAAAAAUAUAAAAUUAAAUGAUACUUACUAUAGACUAUUACAAAUAUUUACACAAAUAUUACAAGAAAGAGGCUCAUAUUGGCUAAAUAUGCCAAAUGAAAAUAUUCCUGAUUCAUUUUUAAGGAGAUAUAAUAAGGAUGAUUCAUUAUAUCCAGUUUAUGCUGAAUAUGUUUCAAAAUUAAAAGAAGAAUUUUUAAAUAAAACAGAAAUUCCUUUAGAUAACUAUACUCAAGAAAUUGAAAUUAUUGAAGAAAAAUAUAAAAAUGAAUGUAAAUUUUUUGAUAAAUUUGUGGAAACCUUUUUACCAGAUGAUAUUUCUUUGACAUAUGAAGACAAUACCCCUGACUUAUCAAAAUUAAAUGAAAGUCAAAUUAAAAAAUUAUUAGACGAAAAAAAAAUAAAAAUAUUUGAUGAGCAAACUAAUCAACUACUCAAUGACCCAGUUACUAUUAUGGAAUACGUAAAAAAUCAAGAAAUUGAAAAACAACAAAUUAAAGAGUUUGUUAAAUCUCUUUCAUCUUAA